CUCGAUUCACACACGCCCAACUACUCAUCCAUGGCAAUAGCUUGUUUUCCCUUUGUAGUUUGUAGUUAAUACUUAAUACCACUCCAGAACAGAGGAGCGAAAGCAAGAACUCACUUUGGCGAAUUCUCUCAAACAUGACUUGGGCACCCUUUGUUUCUUCUUUUACUGCUUUGGUUUUCUUCUUCAUCAACUUUCAAUCAGCCCAUGUCACCGCCCAGGGAGAAGUGUGCAACUCUUCUCCCUCUUGUGGUGAUAUUCUCAACAUCCAAUACCCAUUUCACUUGAAAAAUGAUCCCAACAGCAACUGUACCAAAUUCCUUGAUUUCGAACUCGAUUGCGAAAACAAUCGAACUGUCUUGAAUCUGAAAUACUGGACAGCAACUCUGUUUUAUAAUAGCUAUACAUUCCAAGGAGACUUCACAAGAAAAUACUUUGUGGAUGAAAUCUUAUACUCCAAGAAGCUUAUCCGAAUUGUCGAUCCUGGUUUACAGACAGGGAAUUGCUCUUCUCUGCCUAGCUAUCCUUCCUUCUCUGGUUAUUCAUUCUACACUACGGAAUCAAAUGAGAAUGGCAUCACAUUUGUGGAUUGUUCCUCACCAGUCAAGAAUGACACAAAUUACAUAUCUACCUCACCUUGUCUCAAUGGAGGCUCCUCAAUGCCAUAUUCAUAUGUCCUUCUUGGGAAGACUCUCCUUGACCUCAACCCAAACUGCACCGUUGUAUCUAGCUCUCCCACUCCAUCAAAGACAAUUCUGAACUACACAUACCCAGAAAUUCACCAGGCUUUGCUGUCUGGUUUUUACAUUACUUGGCUAGGGAAUCCUCAUGUUGAUGAUGAAGGUUUCUUAAAACUCCUUGCAGAGAUACCUGUCGUAUUUUACCAAGUGAUGGUGAUGAUAGUGUUUAUCCUGAUAGGAAGGGCAUCACUUGGGAUAUUGUGGCUAUUACCCUAUUUGAUCUACAAAUUACACAGGAAACAUCUGUCAAUGGAUGGCAGAAUUGAAGAGUUCUUAACUAACUAUAGGAAUCACACGCCAAUGAGGUAUUCAUAUUGGGAAAUUCAGAGGAUGACCAAACGUUUCAAAGAAAAAUUAGGACAAGGAGGGUUUGGCUCUGUAUAUAAAGGAGUGCUUCCCAAUGGCAAUCCAGUCGCAAUAAAGAUGUUGAGCAAGACUAAAGGGAAUGGGCAAGACUUCAUCAAUGAAGUUUCCACUAUUGGAAUGAUUCAUCACAUUAACAUUAUGCGACUAAUUGGAUUCUGCGCAGAGGGAUCAAAGAGGGCUCUUCUAUAUGAAUUCAUGCCUAACGGCUCUCUGGAUAAGUAUAUAUUUGCUCAAGAUUCUAACAUCAACAAUCUAAGCUGGGACAAGUCAUAUGAAAUUUCCGUAGGUAUUGCUCGUGGGAUUGAAUAUCUACAUCGAGGUUGUGAUAUGCGGAUUUUACAUUUUGAUAUCAAGCCCCACAACAUUCUUCUUGAUGAGAACUUUACUCCAAAAGUUUCAGACUUUGGGCUUGCAAAAUUAUAUCCAACCGAUGAUAGUAUUGUAUCUGUAACUGCUGUACGAGGAACAAUAGGGUAUGUGGCUCCUGAACUAUUUUACAGAAAACUAGGAGGAGUUUCAUACAAAUCUGAUGUUUAUAGUUUUGGAAUGUUAUUAAUGGAAAUUGCUGGUAAAAGGAAAAACCUCAACCCACAUGUCGAUAAUUCAAGCCAAAUUUUCUUCCCAACAUGGAUAUAUGAUCAGUUGGAUGGAGAUGAAGACUUGGAUUUGGGGACUGAAACAGAGGAUGAAAAGGAUAUAGUGAAGAAACUGAUUAUAGUUGCACUAUGGUGCAUACAAAUGAGGCCUAACGAUCGUCCUUCAAUGAGCAAAGUUAUAGAAAUGCUAGAGGGCAGUGUACAAGUUCUGCAAAGGCCACCCAAGCCCUGCUUAACAUCUCCACCUCGGGAUCUUGAUGAAGCUCAUGAAUCUAUUUCAGGUUCUGCCACACAGUCAGCAAUUGCUUUGGAAUCAACAUCCACCACCACAGACUCCAUUAUCUCAAUUGUGAAUGUUUAACUCUUAAUUGCAUGACAAUCUUUUUUAUUUUUUUCUUCUUCCUCUUCUUUUUCCCAGUUUCUUUAUUUUGUUUCCCUCUUCCUCAAUCAUAUAUGUAUUGUAUUUUAGUAGUUAUCUACUUGUACGUUCAAUUGUUAAAUUUUUGGUUUAACAUUUUGAAAAAUGACUAAAAAUUAGGGGCUUUAUUUUU